AUGACGAACAAGCCCAUCAUAGCGGUGAUUGGAUCGCUCAACGUUGACGUUGUUACUUACGGUGGAGUCGCGGUUGUGAAAAUGAUUGGGGCUGUGGGUGACGACAGCUAUGGGCCCCUAGUAGUCAACGGGCUCAAGGGUGUCGGUAUUGAUGCCUCGGGUAUCCAAGUCCGGAAUGGAGAAAAGACCGGAGUUGCAACUAUCAUUGUUGAGGAGGCGACUGGGGAAAAUCGCAUCAUGUUCUCAGCACAUGCGAAUGCAACUGUCCGACCUGACGAAUUCGUUGCAGGGUUGCCCCAACCUUUACCUGACCUGAUCAUUAUGCAACUUGAAAUCCCCUUAGACACCGUCACACAGAUAAUCACGACCGCCCAGAGGCUCAACGUCCCUGUUCUUUUCAACCCUGCGCCGGCCCAGAAGAUCGGAAAACAGUAUUAUCCGGGAGUAACACACCUAGUCGUUAACGAGACGGAGGCGGCUAUCUUAUCAGGACACGACGUAAAGGAAUUAGAAACAAAGGAAGGACAGGCUAGGAUUGCCAACGUGUUCCAUGACUGGGGAUCAAAGCAUGUCUUGAUCACGUUAGGCAGCAAAGGAGUGUACUAUUCAGUGUCGAGCGGUGCGCAAGGCCACAUCAACGCUAUAAAGGUUAAAGCUGUCGAUACUACCGCAGCUGGUGACACUUUUGUCGGUGUAUAUGCAUUAGAGGCUGUGAAGCCCGAUUUUGACAUCGAGAGGGCUGUUCGCCACGCGAAUCUAGCAGCGUCAAAGACGGUGACGCGGAAAGGGGCACAGGAGUCUAUCCCAUGGUUUGACGAACUAUAG